AUGAUACAGUUUGCUGUACUCUAUUUUCGACGACCCAAGGGUGUAUCUCCUGGUAUUAUCAAUAACAUAAAUUUCAAUUCGAACAGUACCCAACGGAAAAGAAAGAAAUGGACAUGGAAGGAAGUUGCUGAAAAAGUAAAACAUACAAAUAAACCAAUUAAUCAUUCACUUCUACGAUUGGACAAUAACGAAGCGGACAAAUUAGCACAGGAAGCAUUUAUGUGUUAG